AUGGACCCGAUUGAUCUCUUGAUCGCCCAUAUUCGCUACUCGACGCCCCUUCCUAGCUUCUUAGAUAUCCCCCUUCGACAGAAGACCUCGACCAUGUCCGUCCCGCUCGACCGUCAAAAAUCCCCCACGGUCCAGCAUUUGCAGAGUUAUGAUCGGGCCAUGUGCGAAGCCACUCUCGGGACCACGCCAUCUUCGUCAUCUUCUCCCUCCUCGUCGUCCAACUCCAAGUCCAACUCUGAUUCUUCGGCUCCUCCUCCUCCUUUUCAUACCAACCCUACCAAGCCGGGAGGUGUCAAGUCCAAAUUGAGUCUCGGGCUCGGACUGGGAUUUGGGAAGACGAAGUCGAAGUCGAACGAAUCAGAGGGCGCUGCGCAGACUGGUCAGGAAGCCGAAGGAUACCCGGAAUCGAAGCUGGUGAAAGCAGCAGGAUCGAACACCCAAUCACCUUCAGACUCACACCCAACCUCACCCGGGGCGCUCAUCUCCCAACCCCCCAAAGACCGACCCUCCCACAACCAAAACAAUCCAGUUUCGAUCUCCCAGGCUCAUCCGGAUGACAUAAAGAAAUCCUUGACCACCUUCGAAGACCCCCUCGGUCUCGGGUUGGAGACGUUGCCGACGACCGAACAUGCGGACAAGAUGGUCAAGAAGGGGGAGAGGAAGAUCAGGUUGGGGAGUUUGUUACAUAGUGGGAAGCUGGUGAGUCGGAUCACAAGUCUUUAUAAAAGUUUUAAGGCAUACUACGUCAGAGGUCUGGGAAGGGCGUUGAAGGCUGACCGAUGGGACUUUCGUCGUUGA